AAGCAAGCAAGUGAAGUAAACCGAUUUGAGGUUAUAAUUUGAUAAAAAUUUAAUUUGAAUGUAUUAAAUACACUAUUCUAUUUAUAUAUCUGCAAGUUUUAAGCUUAAUUUAGUAUGGGAAAGGAAAAUAGUACAGCUAAGGAUACUGCUGAUCCCACAUCACCCAAGAAACGAAAGAAGGAUACAACUCAAACUUCAACAAUUUCUAAACCACAGUCUACUGUUGUUGCAACUACGACAUCGGACAUUUAUAAAGAAGUAAUUACAAAUGAAGAAGAAGAAGCUAUUGCUCGAGAUCCUAGUAAAGAUUUGGAACUGUUCUGUAAAACCAGUGAACAAUUAAGGACACUAGCGAACGAAAUUAAUGAUCUGAAAAAUGGGAGCUCUUCACAGGCUUCUACUCAAAUAGCUGAAAAACGUAUUCAUGCGUCACUAUUGUUUGUCACCCUAAAAAAACUAAAUCGACUGGAGAAAUUCAGAACCAACCAGAACCGCGAGAAGCUACACAAAGCUAAGCAGCAAGCAGACAGUUGUCAUCUGCAGCUGCAGAACUUGCUGUACGAGAUACUUCACCUCGAGAAAGAGAUCACCAAGUGUCUACAGUUCAAAUCAAAAGAUGAAGAAAUUGAAUUGGUUCCAGUUGAGAAAUUUUAUGAAGAAGCUCCAAAAUCUAUAUCAAGGCCUGAUGUCACAAAAAAGGAUUCUCAUCAGUUGAAAUUGGCUAGACUGGAGUGGGAGUUGAAACAGAGGAAGCAGUUGGCAGCUCUGUGCAAUGAUUUGCAGAAGGAAAAGGAAAAAGUAGCUGUUGGAAUAAACAAGAAACAAUCACAGUUGGACAACCUGGCUCCCAUGCUGAAGGAUUUGUUUAAUGCUUCCAAGCCAGUCCAGGAGGCCCUAGGUCUACAGUCAGGACCUUCCCCUGCCCAGCAGAGGGUGGCAGAGCAACUCCCUCCCCCGCUCUACUUCCUGUUCGUUCAGGCAGACGCGCUUAGAGAGGCUGGAGAUAAUUUCAUAACAGUGAAGAUAGAAGGAGAUGAGGAUGAGGUACAACGAAUGAAGCAGAGCUUAGAAGAAGCCGUCACUUUUGAUGACUCUGACUCUGACAAUCAGGAGGACAGUGGUGGGAAGCGACACCAUGGCCACAGGAAAAAGUCCAAACAAGACAGGCUUCAGGAGAAGAGGAAAAUGUUGUUGAUGGCCCAUCCUCUGUCUGUCGUGCUGACUGUCUCGCUGAAAGAUGGUCAGGGAAGCAUCAGUCUAGAGUUCUCCUACCUAGUCAGGCUGCACAUUGUCACAGUCAAGCCAAAGCUGAAACUGUCCUCACAGGUCAACAUCAGCUCCACCAGUUCAGUGUUAUGGUCAGGGAAGCAUCAGUCUAGAGUUCUCCUACCUAGUCAGGCUGCACAUUGUCACAGUCAAGCCAAAGCUGAAACUGUCCUCACAGAUGGUCAGGGAAGCAUCAGUCUAGAGUUCUCCUACCUCGUCAGGCUGCACAUUGUCACAGUCAAGCCAAAGCUGAAACUGUCCUCACAGGUCAACAUCAGCUCCACCAGUUCAGUGUUAUGGUCAGGGAAGCAUCAGUCUAGAGUUCUCCUACCUCGUCAGGCUGCACAUUGUCACAGUCAAGCCAAAGCUGAAACUGUCCUCACAGAUGGUCAGGGAAGCAUCAGUCUAGAGUUCUCCUACCUCGUCAGGCUGCACAUUGUCACAGUCAAGCCAAAGCUGAAACUGUCCUCACAGGUCAACAUCAGCUCCACCAGUUCUGUCAACAAGCUACUACACAGUGAACACAUCUUGACAGAGCUGUUCCCCGAGGACUUUGGCGAAGGCAGCCCCAACACUGCAAACUAUUACCAGCUAAAGCUAGCGGGUAUCGACAGUUUUGACAGUAGCGAGCUAGGACUGGCGUAUAUCUGGGCUCAAAGGAUGUGUGGGCUCAACUUUGUCUCUUGUAAGAGCGGAGACGAUGACAUACAGGCUGGUAAAGCUCUUUUACCUUCACGACAAGUCAGCCAACUGUACCUGCCUAACACCAUCUCUGCUAUCAAACGCAGGCUCAAAGCUAGAAUUGCUUUGUGUCAACAGAUACAGCUGCUUGAGCAUGGUAAGCUGGAGGAGGCGGAGAUACGACAGAUGUUUCCUCCAAAACUGGUGUCCGGGCUGACACAGUGGACACCACUCAGCUGGGCUCAGUACGAGGCUCUGGGCUUCACAUCCAACAUGGUGGAACACCACUACGUCACUGAGAGAGAUAUAUUGUACAAGGGUACAUUGGUGCGGGGAUCUGCUCGUUUGACAGUGGCUGUUGCUAUCAAGCAGUGCUACCCCCUUCUGCCCCCAGUGUUCACUCUGCAAGCUUCUUACGAGAACAAGACCAUUCAGGCCUCUAACAAUGACUCCAUCAGGGAUAUAGAGCGGGAGGUGAAUGCCUACUUCAAGGAGCUGAUAGACAAGACCAAAUCUGUCCACAAUCUGCUGACAGCCCAAGUGUUGCGUCUUGUCACCAACUUUGACCUUCUCUUGGAGGCUUCCACCAACCAGGACUUCCCACGGGACAAGAUAUUCAUCCAAUCCAACAGGGGUCGAAACAGAGCUUGGCCGUUCAAACAGAUGGAACUGAGCAGUGGAGCAUUCCACUUCACCCAGAGAUAACUUUCCACAAUGUGAUAUUUGUAUAAUAUUGUGUGUUAGUUUACAGAUUUGUAUUUUAAGUUAGUACUCUAAUCCUGUGUCAAUAAAUAAUCUACAUAUUUCAUUGUAAAGUUGUUUUAGUCUGUAUCCAAAUUUUUGUGGUCUGCUAUAUAAUUUCAAUAGCAGAGAACAAUCAGUUAACAGUUGUAUGUUUCUUAUUUGGUUGUAAUAAUUUAGAAAUUGUACCCAGUCUAAGGUUAAGUUUAUGGAAGGCUACCUGACCACAUGGAUAGGACAGGACAGUGGCCUUCUGCCAUGCUAGUGAAUCCCAGUCACACAUGAAUGAAACACCAAAAAGUGUAAAUGUGAUAAUAAUAAGAAAUUUUAAUUAAUUUGUUAUUUGAUAAAAAAAAAAAAACAAGAUACCAUAUCAUAGUUUAAUCCCUGGGCUGGCCAGAAGUUGUUCCAGAAGAUUGUCUUCAGCUGAUCAAUAAGGAUGAAUAGGAUGACGAAUCUAAAAGAGAGUAGGUUUAAAUGUAGGGUGAUAUAAUUUUUGUGGCAUUGCUUACUAGCUAAUAUAUAUAUACUGUGAAAAGCUGGUGUUAUGCUUGACUCAUUAAGGCUAGGGCCACACUUGGCGACUUUGUCGCGGCGACUUUUUUUGUCGCGACGACAAAGUCGCUGGGGGUGGCCACACUAGGCGACAAAUUCAACCUUUCAGUUUACUUUUUUAACAUACCAGUAAAAGUAGAGAGAUGUUAUAUUGUAUUUUCAAAAUC